AUGCUGGCUUUAGCUUUAUUUUGUUUAACGUUCGCGCUAUAUUGGAUAUGGCGGCCUCUAAACACAAGAUCUAAACUGGAACCGCCCACUCUACCAGGAGCAUUGCCGUUCAUCGGGCAUGCACAUAUUCUGUUGGGUGAUAGUGUUUCUUUUUGGAAUACUCUGAAGGGAGUGGCAUAUACUACAUUAAGAAUGGGUGGUGUGAUAAAAGUGUCAAUUGGAUCCCGUACACUAUACGUGGUAACAGAUCCUGAAGACAGCUUGACUGUCACUAACGCUUGCGUACAGAAGGACGUUGUAUAUGAAUUUGCUAAACCGUGGCUAGGGGAGGGUCUGCUAACUGGAAAAGUGUCAAUAUGGAAGCGUCAUCGAAAAUUGUUAAGCCCAGCUUUUUCUCAGCUCGUGUUGGAUGGAUUUCAGGGAGUUUUUAAUAACCAGUCCAGGCGCUUUGUUAGGGAUUUGGAAGUGGAGGUAGGAAAGGGCCCUUUCGACCAUUUAGUUUACACACGACGUAAUGCCCUGGAAACUAUUUGUUUGACUACCAUGGGAGUUGAUAUUAGAAAAAACAGCGUUCUUAAUAGUCAAUACGAGCAAGCGAUAGAGCAGAUCUUAAAUAUUCUGACAGAAAGGUUUCAAAAGUUCUGGCUGCUCAGUGACUUUAUCUACAGCUGGUCUACUUUAAAGAAGAAGGAAGAUCAAUGUUUAAGAAUAUUGCACAGUAUGUCUAAUAAGGUAAAAAUACAUAUCUUCUUUAGUGUUUUGUCAUCAUUAUUAGUAGAGUUUGUGAAGCGUUUUAGCUUAGGAGAAAAGCGUUUCCGUAAAUUUCCUAGAACACAUACAAACAAGCAGAGUCCGAUUUUGAGAACCUUUUAG